AUAGGCCAUUGUCCUCAAUCAUAUAAGAUGGUGAUAGCUUGUGGCCCAAAACACGAGGAGGUUUGAAUUAUUUAUAUGUACUCGUAUAGAUAACAUCGCCCAGAUAUGCAUAUCCAUACCAUAGCUAGACCGACAGCGAUCUUGGGUGAGGUUUCGGAGCCCUAUAAAUAACUUACUAACCCCGCGCCUAUUUAUUUAACCUUUGGUCCAUUGGCUAGGUUAUUUAUUUAAGUUACCAGUAACUAGUUGCAUCACCCCUCAACUCUCCCAAAUACUACGCGCCGCGAACACACAACCAUCUCCUAAACCAGCUGUUCCCAAAAGGGAUCCUCUUGAGUUCUCAGCUCAGUAUCCCCGCUGCUAUCUGCUAGAUACUCUAGCAUCCUCAGCUCGUUCCCAUCAUGUGGCUCGCAAAACUAGUCAGGUCACAGGCCCAUUUUGUUCCAGGCAAAUUGAAGGUGACUGAACUUUUCUGGGAUGUCCCUCUGGAUUACAAUCGGCCCACUGAAGCCACCAUCCGACUUUUCGGGCGGGCUGUAAGACGCCGCGAGCCAGGGGUUGAUUUGGCUCGAGAUGAAAAGGUCUUACCCUGGUUUUUAUACCUACAAGGUGGACCAGGGAUGGCAUCGCCGGCGCCACAGGACGUUGGCUGGGUGCAAAUGAUGCUUGAUAGGGGAUACCAGAUUCUCUUACUUGACCAACGAGGGACUGGAUUGAGUACUCCAAUUACGGCUGCUACUCUUGGCCUCGUAGGCGAUGCUGUUAAACAGGCUGAAUACCUCAAAUUAUUCCGCGCAGAUAACAUCGUUCGGGAUUGCGAGGCUAUCCGUGAAAAUAUUACUGUUGAGUACCCGCCUGAAAAGAAGAAGUGGAGCCUCCUUGGCCAGAGUUUUGGCGGUUUUUGCGCUGUCACCUAUCUUUCAAAAUUUCCUGAGGGCCUACGAGAGGUUUUCACAACCGGAGGUCUCCCUCCUCUCAGACGGGGACCCGAGCCUGUACUUGAGCGGACGUACGAAAAGGUCCUUGAACGAAAUGAAGCGUACUACUCCAAGUUCCCCGAGGAUGUUAACAGAGUUGAUCAAAUCGUACGCUAUCUGAGCGAGAACCGGGUAGAGCUACCCUCUGGAGUUCUCACGUCCGCCAGAUUCUUGUCACUCGGGUUAUCAUUCGGCAUGCGAGGCGGCUUACAUUCUAUUCACGAUAUCGUGCUAAGAGUACACAACGAACUCGAAACGUUUAACUUUUUGACCACACCAACUCUUGCAUUAGUGGAUAAUGCUACUACCUUCGAUAAUAAUAUCCUCUAUGCGGUUCUUCAUGAAGCUAUAUAUUGCCAAGGGGAGCCGUCGAACUGGUGUGCGGAUAGAUUGCUAUCUAGGUUCUCCUCAUAUAAUAACAAAUUUGGGGGGAGUUCGUUGUUUUUCACUGGGGAAAUGAUAUACCCACACAUGUUUGAAUCUUCCAAUGAGCUCAGGAAAGUCAAAGCCGCUGCGGACAUCAUUGCAGCGUACGACGGAUGGCCAGAUCUCUAUGACGAAGUACAACUAGCCAAAAACGAGGUACCGGUAUUUUCAGCAACCUUCGUGGAUGACAUGUAUGUGCAUUACGCAUUGGCAACGGAAACUGCAGCGAAGAUCAGAGGGUGCAAGCAGUUCAUUACGAAUACUAUGUAUCACAACGCGAUCCGUGCGAACGCCGAUGAGUUGAUUAAACAACUUUUCGCUCUGAGGGACGACACGCUCGAUUAGGUCAUGAGUCUUUGUUUUGUACCUUUUUAAUGACCUCCAGCCAUAGAACAUAGGCAGCUGUUUAUAACACCUCAUAUUUUGUUUGUAGCGUCGACAUGUUCAGUGUGGGUCUUUGUAUAAGUAUGCACAUAUAUAUCAAUCAAUCAGCUCCCUCGCAAAAUCAAUCAGCCGUAGCCGACGCGCAUCCCGCGGAUGAAACUGUGCAAUUUUCGCUUUCACCAGGAACCUAGACGCGGCAGUGUCUCGCUCUAACUUGAUAUAGGAUGACGUACUAGCCGCCUCCACCAACGAAUCAAUUAAAGCAUGAACCUCUUGCCCAGCUGCCUCCCGCUUGCUGCCUAUUCCGCCUCUGUGACCAUACCCAUCCCCACCCCCACUCCCACUCGGUAGUCGAGAAACCAGCUCAUCAAUCCGCUGCUGCCUCGAAUCCCUUUCCACCUCCGCACCAGCAGGAGCCUUAAUCCUCCUCUCCUUCCCCUGUGUCGUAUACCCUGCCGCCAGCGUGGCAUCCGACACCUCAAGCUGAUCCCCUACAACCGGGCCGCCCAAAUUCUCCGCAGCCAGCAUCGCAGCUAAAUGGUCAUCAAUAAAUACCCUCAACGCUUCCUUCAGCGCAGCCGUCUUCUUCUCUAACUCGACCUUGCGCCUGCGCUGCUGUUGCAUGAACUCCUUCGCCAACUGCGCCGGCCGUUUCUCGCGCUCCUCUGGCCGUGCGGACUGGAGAGUCUUAAUGCGGUCAUCUAAACCUGUGCUAAUCAGUUGCGCGUCGCGUGCAGCCGCUUGUUCGGCCUUUAGUCGCUCCCGGCUUGCGCUGAGGUCGUGUGCUGUGGCAUCUAUGCUUGAUUUGAGAUCCAGGAUUUGGCGAGAUGACUCGCGCAAUGCGAGGAGGGUGGGCAGGGGGGAGUCUGGGUGUGGUAGGUCUGGCACGGUCUGUGAGAGGCUUUUGUAGGCUUUUGUUGCGCGCCGGAUUUGCGCAAGGCGCAUGCGGGGCUCGAGGCCUGGGCGGGGAAGUCCGUGUAUAGUUGAGCGCCGGAGCUGGAACAAAAUAAAUGUUUUAAUUGCUAGGUUUCAGAGAAACGCGGGAAGAACUCUACUGUUCAGAUGAAACUAUGAGACAAGCAAAAAUUGACUCAAACUAACCUGUUGUAGAGCAUCUUCCUGGCGCCUUACUUGAGCUUGCAGUUGGCUC